GUUUUCUGUUUCCUGUGGCUAACCGGGCUAAUGGAAGCUAGCCGCCUUGGUGUUAACGUAAUUAGUUUCCAUAACAAAAACCAAAUGUUCUUUCGCGAAGAAACUUCUUCACAACUACAAAAGGAUGUUUGAUGUCCUUAUGGAUUCUGUGCCUGGCCAGUGUCUUUGACUUUCAAAGAGCGACUAUGGAUGGAGACCCUCCUAGAAGAUAAAUUAGCCCAAUUUGACACCCAGCACAACUGCCCCCCCCCACACACACAUACACACAUAAUCCAUUAUGUCAUCACCAAAAGAGUCAGGAAACAGAGGAAAGGAACGAGAGCGGGGGGCCCGUCCAAAGGUGCGACAGAGCCGGUCAGAGGAGAGGAGAGACACAGGAGGCGGUUGGAAAGGUGGGAAAGGGAAAAAAAAGGGCCUGUCCUCCCACGAGACAGCCAAUGAGCGUCCUGUCAGCGAUGGUUUUCAGUACGGUGAGCUUUUAAACGAGAUGGAGACUAGGAACCAAACCUCCUCCUCCUCGUCCCCCCAGAGGGAGAGCUGGAGGUGGCUGGGCUUGGAAGCAGCAACGCCAUUACCAGGACAAGAAAGGGUUACAGCAAGGGCAAGCGUGGCAACUGUUGGCACUGCUACAGAAUUACCAGCUCUUAUGGAAGCAGAUGGUAGAGGAUCAAGCAGCAGCCGCACUCUCAGGCAAAAAAUCCAAGAUGCAAUGGGGCAGUGUUUUCCCAUAAAGACACACAGUCCAGCAGCAACUCCAGUCCCACAGUCUUUCCCAUCAUCAGCUGCCUGUGCAUCCUCCAAGCGGAAGAUCCAUCUCAGCGAACUGAUGCUGGAAAACUGCCCAUUCCCUGUAGGGUCAGAGCUGGCUCAGAAGUGGUAUCUCAUUAAGCAGCACACAGCGCCCAUUUCUCAAUCUCCCCUGCUAGAUUCUGCAGUUGUGUGCAGUGCCCCGACUUCAGCCAUGGCCGCCGUGGUGGAGGACGUUGACGACAGGUUGCGAGAGCGGAGGCGCAUCAGCAUCGAACAGGGUGUUGACCCACCACCCAAUGCAGAGAUCCACACAUUUGAGGUGACUGCGCAAAUAAACCCCCUCUACAAGCAUGGCCCUAAGCUGGCCCAUGGAAUGAAUGAUUUAUCUGGACCUGACAGAGCCUCUGUUCAGCAGCAGCAGCAGCUUCUUCUCCAACGACAACAGCAACACCAACUUCUUUUACAGAGCUGUUUGGACACCCUUGAUGAAGUUGUGGCCUCAGCGUCAGCCUCUGCUCAUAUCUCGGAUACAGUUCCUGACACCACGCUUGACCCAGAGGUUACAGUGACCGAUCUUAGCUCUCGAGCUUCACUUCCUCAAAUCGAGCAACAUAACUGUCAGGAUGCUUACCGCAUUCACACUCAGAUCGAUUACAUUCAUUGCUUAGUUCCAGACCUACUGCAGAUCACCAACCUUCCCUCUUACUGGGGAGUGAUGGACCGCUACGAGGCAGAGAACCUGCUGGAGGAAAAGCCUGAGGGCACCUUCCUCCUUCGAGACUCCGCGCAGGAAGACUACCUUUUCUCCGUUAGCUUUCGCCGCUACGGCCGCUCCCUGCACGCUCGCAUUGAGCAGUGGAACCACAAUUUUAGCUUUGAUGUGCACGAUCCCAGUGUCUUCCAUGCUCCCACCGUCACAGGACUGUUGGAGCACUACAAGGACCCCAACUCUUGCAUGUUUUUUGAGCCCCUUCUAUCCAACCCCAUCCACCGCACACAGCCUUUUAGCUUGCAACGCAUCUGCAGGGCUGUCAUAAGCAGCUGCACCACCUAUGAUGGCAUCAACUGGCUACCCAUUCCAAAUGCGUUGAAAAAGCACCUGAAAGAAUACCACUAUAAGCAGAGAGUACGCGUACGGCGGAUGGAUACAUGGUGGGAAUGAAGAGAAAAAUACCUUUUUAUCUAUUGAUAUAUUUUGAUUCUCAUUUUUUAGGCUUUACCAACCAUAAUACACUGUUUAUUUAUGAUAUUCCUGCUGUAUGUCUAUACAUAAAAACUAAACCACUCCAAUGAGGCUCUACAUCCGCUUACUGAUCGUGCACACUCAAUAGUUCAGUAUGUUCAAAUUAAACUGCUUUUGAUCUGUGGUCUGCAGAUAACUACUUCUCCUCUAUUUUUUCCAAGUGUGACUAAAUCAGCUUCAUUAUCUGAUGAUGGG